AUGCUCACCUUCCCUCUCUCUCUCUCUCUCUCUCCUUCUCCCACACAGUGUCAGGGAACGCUGGUGCAAUUUAUCACCUUCCUCAGUCUCCAAAUGACACGCGAAGAAAUGCAGGCCCAGUGUCUACCCCUCGAGCAGAUGAUGGGCGAGUACUACGUGCCGGCGGACACCGCCUUCUGCCUCUUUCGCAGCAUCUUCAACCAGCGGGUUGCUGUUGUGCUAGAGCUGCCGGUUCGACUCGAUGCUUCCUUUGGACUAAUGCAGUUCUACCGACUUGUUGAUGUGCACCUUAGAGUUAAAAUCACUCCAAAUAAAAAAUAUGCCGGGAGCGGUGGCCGAUUUAAAUUGUUUUUUUUUCUCGUGAUUACGCCCAUCGGUAGAACUUGCCUCAGUGCAUCCAUUGUCACGUGGACUGUGGGCAUGGAAUUAGCUUGUUGGAACAACGUGCUCUGCAGGGUUAACAUACUCAGCUCGGAUACAAAAUUUCCGGCAACACUACCGGACGGCGGUCACUGA